AUGACGAAUCCCGACACCAGCGUGCGAUACUUCCUGAGUCCGCAAACACUCCGAAUCGAGGCAUGCCGAUGUCUGAACCCGCGUGACCCACCGCAGACUGCACCAGCCACUAUCGAUUACAUGUUGAGACGCUUGGACAAGUUGUGGUCCCGAAUGAGAGGGUGGAGACUGGAUCCAAAAGUCCGGCUGGCUGCUGAAAGACUCUUGAUCCAACUUCGACGUCAAGGCAUGGAGCUGUUCCAUCUUGUCGGGGUGAACAAGGGGACACAUGCUCAGGGCUCAAAGACCCGAGGCGGAAUGGCCAUCCUCCUGCUGUUUCCUGAUUGGGGAGAGGUCUAUGCGGACCCAGUCGAGGAGGAUGCAGAAGCGCAGCGUAGAAAGGCAUUUUUCGAAUCCAAUCCGGACGGAGAAGACCGGACUGUCAUUGCCUGUGGAUAUGGUCAUCGGAUCGUCGCCGAGAUAAAUGUCUUGCUUCACAAAGAAAUUCGGUCCGACGGCAUUGUGGACCGAAUUGAUACCCGCCUAGCGCACGAUUGGUCAGAUACUAUCAGCGUAGCCGACUAUGAGUACUAUCGGGAGGAAGGAGCGCCACCUGCCAGUCAGUUGCUUGUGACGGGUGGAGAGGAUGAUGAGAAGAUGAUCCGAAUGGUUUGGCAACAGGUGAAUGUCAGGAUGAGCAACAAAUGGACAAGAUACGAGAAAGAUUUCGGGAAGAGUUUGAAGAGAGUCGCUGUGGAGCUCUUGACGGAUGGCUUCCGGACCCACGCCUACGAAGUUGAGCGGGUGAUCAAAGCCUUGCGGAUGGAAGUCGGUGUCCAUCUAUCAGAGUAG